AUGUCUGCUAUUUUCACGCCUUUGUCUUCUGGUCCCGUUUCUCCUGCUUCGGUUGAAGCCACUGUUGCCACUACUACUUCUGUUGCUGGUCCUGCCACUUCUGUUACUGGUACUCCUGUCCAGAACGAGGACAUCGUUAUGUCUGAAUCUGAAAACCCAGUUUCGGAAUCCAAAUCGAAGAUCCUGCAAAACUCAUCUGAUAGUCUUGGUUCCGCCAAUUCGAAGCACGCUAACCCUGUCAUCCUCAACAAAGCCAAUAUCAAACAUUAUGAGGACAAAAUCAAUAAAUUGGUCAAGCUGUACAAAAUUUCUGAAGAACUUCUAGGACUUGGAUCGCCAACUUUACCAACCCCGGUCUUCAUCUCGCGUCAGUUACAAAGAUAUCCCAGCCUUCCAGGUUAA